CCCAGGAUCGGAGCAAGAGAUCCUGGAACUGCUAUGGAGCGCUCUCAGCCUGACGCUGCUGACGACAACGCCAUGGACUCGUUCCUGGACAAGUUCCAGAGCCAGCCUUACCGCGGCGGCUUCCACAAGGACCAGUGGGAGGAGGAAUUUGACAAGAUCCCCUUAUUUAUGAAGAAAGCACCAUCAGAAAUUGAUCCCAAAGAGAAUCCUGACUUGGCUUGCCUCCAGUCAAUUAUUUUUGAUGAGGAUCGAUCUCCAGAAGAACAAGCCAAAACCUAUAAAGAUGAAGGCAAUGACUACUUUAAAGAAAAAGACUAUAAGAAAGCUGUGAUUUCCUACACUGAAGGAUUAAAGAAAAAAUGUGCAGAUCCUGAUUUAAAUGCUGUCCUUUAUACUAACCGGGCAGCAGCACAGUACCAUCUGGGUAAUUUUCGUUCUGCUCUCAAUGAUGUGAUGGCUGCCAGAAAGCUAAAACCCUGCCACCUCAAAGCCAUAGUAAGAGGUGCCCUGUGCCAUCUGGAACUGAAACACUUUGCUGAGGCUGUGAACUGGUGUGAUGAGGGGCUGCAGAUAGAUGCCAAAGAGAAGAAGCUUCUGGAAAUAAGGAUUAAAGCAGACAAGCUGAAGCGAACUGAACAGAGGGAUGUGAGGAAAGCAAAGUUGAAAGAAAAGAAGGAGCAGAAUCAGAAUGAGGCUUUACUCCAAGCCAUCAAGGCUAGGAACAUCAGGCUCAUCUCUGAAGCUGCUGGUGAGGAUGAAGAUUCAGCCUCAGAAGGUAUAGGUGAGAUUUUUCUGGAUGGACUUAGCUCUGAGAAUCCCUAUGGAGCCAGGCUGAGUCUAGAUGACCAGGGAAGGCUAAGCUGGCCUGUGCUCUUUCUGUACCCGGAGUAUGCCCAGUCGGACUUCAUCUCUGCUUUCCAUGAGGACUCCAGGUUUAUUGAUCAUCUAAUGGUGAUGUUCAGUGAAAUACCCGCUUGGGACUCAGAGCAAAAAUACCGCCCUGAUAAUCUGGAGGUCUACUUUGAGGAUGAGGAUGGGGCAGAACUAUACCAAGUACCUCCCAAGAGCACCCUGUUGCAGGUGCUGCAGCACCCCAGGUACUCUGUAAAAGCCCUGACACCAGCAUUUCUGGUCUGUGUAGGAUCCUCUUCUUUUUGCAAGAAUUAUCUCCGGGGGAGACAGGUACACCAGAUAAAGUGACUGAACCAGGCUGUGACAGCCAGCUUUCCUGGAUCUCCUGCGUCACCUGCCUCUGCCUGGAAUUUAGCUCACUUGAAUCAGCGGGACACAUUCUCGGUCCAGCAGUGUUUUUUUGUCACCCCUGAGACAGUCCUUCCUAUCUUCAUGCUGGAGGAAGGAUGAGCCUCUGACCAAGUACUGAGCUCUGGCUGUUUAUCACUCUCCUAGUGGAUACAAAACUCUGUGCCUUGGUUGUGAUGUCCUUGUAGUGCAUCUCAAAGAGACUGUCUGCUGCUGUUACCACAAAAAACUCACUGGCCUAUGGAAACCAACUCAUGAUAUGACAUGCUUCUGAACCUUUGUGGUGUCAGGCACCUUAGGAAAGAACACUCUUCUAAGUCAGUAAAACCAGCUCUGUGUAGAGUUGUAAGGCCUUAAAGCUAGGAUCCUUGGUACCCCUUAGAGGUUUGCCAGUUUCCCUGGUCUUUGCAGUGUGAAAACUCCAGUAGACUUGGACAGUGGUCUCUCAGUUCCUCUCUGGUUUUCACAUUUUAGGGUUUUAUGCCUUCUUGUUUGUUUGCCUGUUUGUCUUGAGUUGGGGUCCUGCUGUGUUUCCUAGGCUGCUCUCAAACUCCUGAGCUCAAGUGAUCCUCCUACCUCAGCCUGCUGACUGCUGGGAACAGGCAUGCAUCAUUAUUGCUCCUGGCUAGGCUUUUAGUCCUUUUAAAAUAGAAAAUCUUUUUGCAUCUUGGAUCAUUGUGAUAGGUUAUAUUUUUGUCUUCAGCUAUUUGUUCCCCAUGUCCUAGAGGGCUUUGUGUAUAUUUACUGGUAGCUGUGUUAAUUCCUGCAGUGGCCACCCCUUCCCCUGGUGGGAGUGUACUUCUUACUGCUCAUGCAAAAUGAUGUGAGCAAACGGGACCUGUGCUCAUCCAGAAGCUUGAAGAGCCGGUACAUGGUGGCUUGUGCUCUUUGACUCUUCUGUGAGAUCCCAAAUAGGGGCAUUGCCUUCAGCUUGAGUGACAGAGUGGGAAGGCACAGGGAGCAGAGCCCAAGCAGCCGGCCAGAAGCCAUUGAUUGUAACAUGAAUGAGAAAUAGAUGUUUGAGAUUUGGGGUUGUUGGUUACAAUAGCAAAGCUGACUAAUACUUCAUUAAACUGAAACCAGCUGCUGUCCUUCAGAUGAGCUAGUUUGGGGUUUGUCUCAAGUGCAUCAUUGUUUUUGAAAGAGAAAUUGGCUGUGGAAUAUUUACAAAGAACCAGACAGCUUUCCUUCCAGGUGCUGGUUCCUGCCAGGCCAGGAUCUUUCCCAAGCCUGGUUUUGGCCACAUUUAGGCCAUCCUCUCUCACUUAAAUCUGUCUCCCUUUGUAAGAACUCAGAGUUUUGGGGAGAGGGCAUAACAUGUAGUCAGCAACAACCCCUUCAGGCAUUGAGGGUUCUUGUAGCAGCUGUCCCUGGCCACCUCACUGUUGUGGAGCACAGUAGGCUCCACUGUGCCCUCUCUUAUCUCUGAUUAGAGAUGCCUGCACAGCCUCCUUCCUAGACACUGUGAGACUGAGAUGAAGUGUUGGAUGCCACCAAAUUGUACAUUGAAAUGUACCUGAGAAGAGUUCUGUGACUUUUAUCCUCAGCACCCAGCCUUCUCCUUCAGCUCCUGGCAGGCUAGGCCAUCAGCCAGCUUCUUGCUGUACCUUCUCUUCAGUUUCUACUCCCCUCCAACAGCUGGGGCAGAGGGAAGAGAGGGACUUAGAAGACAGUAUUAGACCAGAGGUAGAGCUCAAUGGCUACUGCUUUGCUAUGAAUGUGGGUAGGUUGGGACUGCUGCUUGGAAACUGCUUCACCUGUAAAAUGAUGGUGACACCAGCUUAUUGAUGGCACUUCUGUGCGAUAGUACAUGUAAGUACCUAGCUCAGUGCCUGGCCUGUACUAAUUCAGUGGCUCUUCACUUAAGCACACUAUAUCCAGGGGCACAUCUAUGCAGACAGGUAGCACUAAACCAGGGAGGGAUUCACAACCAAAAGUAAGAUUGUCUCCUGGGGGACAUAAUUACUUUGUGGGUGCUACUGACAUUGAGUAUAGAGGCCAGGGAUGCCUUUAAACACCAUAUGGUGUACAGGACAGCCCCCACAAGGAAUUAGUUGUCAAUAAUGCUGAGAUUGAAAAAUGCUGCUCUAAACCAAAAAGAUAAAAUAAACACUAUAAAAGACCA